CUUUGGCGCGCCCAAACGUUCCGCGAAUUUGGAAAACGCUACGCACGGUUACUUUCCAAAUUUUAAAAGUGUUUAAGUCGCGUAGUGUUUAGCUGGAACUUUUCGUUUGCUGUGUCGCUUCUACGCUUCAGUCAGGAACAAUUUUUACCGGAACUCGAAAAUCGUUGUGUGGAAAUUAAUUAAAAUGAUGUGGUGGGCGGUCUGCUGUGCAGCGGUGGUGGCGAGCGCGCUGGUUGAGGCGGCGCCAGCGUCCAACGCACUCGCGUCAGCCAUCGAUUGGGAGCAGCUCGACUCAUCCUCACCCGACGAUGAAAGUCUUGGAUAUGCUGCAUCGUCCAUGGCAGGCAGGAACUACGCAGGCAGCUCGCCUUGGCUAUAUCUCCUCACCGAAGUUCCUCGUGAUUCCCAGAGAUACGGAGAAAUCCACGAAGGGCGCGCGAGACCGAAGCGCAAGAUGCCAUCGCUGUCCAUCAACAACCCGAUGGAGGUGCUCCGCCAACGACUGCUGCUGGAGGUGGCCCGCAAGCAAAUGCGCGAGGCGAGCCAGCGGCAGGCUGUCGCCAACAGGGUCUUCUUGCAGAACGUUGGCAAACGAGGUUUUUGGGAAAACCCAGUCUCAUCCCGCUACGACAACUAAGGAGUGAAGAGAAAGUUUUGUUUUGUAUCUCCGCAACUCGUCUCGACAUCAACCGCAAGACGUAGCGACAACCAAACCAAACCAAAAUUAAAAAAAAAUAAACAGCAAAAAAUUGCGCCAUUGUACCCAAUUUCAGUAUAAUUUGCUCCCCUAAUUUACAGUCAUGAACACACAAGUAGUCAAAAUUUGUCGCUUAGCUAAAUUUUAAUGAACUUCGUAGUAUCUAGAAUGCAGGAAGAAUCGGCGAAAACUACGUUUUCUUUACAUUUUUACCACAAGACACCUUUUCAAAUAUGUACUAAAUAAAUUAAAUUAAAUUCGCCGUCCUCCUUUUUACUCAUUAAAAAUCUAGUACCACCAUGAUCUUUUUUAAUUUUAAUUAAAAAAAAAGUAGUGAAUACUUCCAGCUCAGUAUUCAUUUAUGGUCUGUGUCUUUUACUUGUCACAGAAUAUAAUCAGUUUUAACAUUAUAUUGGAAGAAAAUAAUACUAUGUAGGUACCAGCUCACUUAAGUAUUAUUUUCUCGUAAUAUAAAAUUUUUAAUACUUUUUUAAUUUUAAAUUUUGACAAAACAAUUGGAAACUAUUAACUAUAUAAAACAAUUGGAACUAUCGUAGGAUUUGAUGAAACUUCUUUCAGUACGUAAAUUAAUAGCAUUUUCAUUAGUUAAUAUUUUAGGUUGACUAUAAUUUACCUUAUUUAUUAAAGUUUGUGCCUCUUACUUGCCAUAAAUUAUGAUCAUUUUGAAUUCCAUAUUAAAAAAAAAGUGAAUACUACCAGCUCAGUAUUCACUUAUAAAGGCCUAUAUACAUUUUUUUCAGAGUGGUCAAUGUUAAAGUAGUUAAAUGUAUAUUAUUUGUGCCAAAUGACUAAAGUAAUGUAACUAAUACCGUUAAGAAGUUCUAUUGUAUUUUAAAUACUUAACCUAUAUGUCUAAAGAAAUUCACUAUGCUCUUCCUACAAUGUUCAGUUAUGUGUUACUUAUAGAUAUGUACAGAAUAGCUGAUACAUGUAAACUAUUGUGUUAAUAUAAUGAUCUCUAUUAGCUUUUAAAGUAGGCAACUGUAAUAGUCUAUAUUAUUAAAAUAUGAAUUACGUUCA